AAGCUUUCAGUUUUCUCCUGCUUUUGAUUAUUUACAAGACCAACCCUCCAAUUUUCGUAUCAUUCAUUUUAUCCCUCUUGCUUUGCUUGCUUCCUCCGUGCGUUCCCAAUUUCCAAGCAUCAUCACAUUGCUUGCAUCGAGCCUCUUGCAAUUCGAAUCUAGGAGGCAUGGAUUCAGAGUUCAUCUCGCCGACUUCGCAUUCGUCGACCGAUUUUGACGAAGACCGUCACGUAAUGUUCCUGCAGAUGGCGUACCAGCUUUUACCGUCAGAGUAUCAGCGCGAAGAGAUCAAUCGCCUCACUCUCGCCUACUUCGUCGUCUCCGGCCUCCACAUCCUCGGCGCCGGCGAUCGCAUUGACAAGGAAGCGGUCAUUGAUUGGGUUUUAUCAUUGCGAGCUCAUCCAAAGAAAGAGGAUGAACAGAAUAGUGGACAAUUCUAUGGGUUCCAUGGUUCCAGAAGUUCUCAAUUUCAACCAGAUGAUAAUGCUGUAUGGAUUCCCAAUAGCAGUCAUUUGGCAAGCACAUAUUGUGCACUAGCAAUACUAAAGACAGUUGGCUAUGAUUUGUCACUUCUAGAUUCAGAAUCCAUCUUGAAAUCAAUGAGAAACCUCCAGCAGCUUGAUGGGAGCUUUAUGCCAAUUCAUACUGGGGCAGAGAGAGAUCUGAGAUUCAUAUUUUGUGCUGCUGCCAUCUCUUCUAUAUUGGAGAACUGGAGUGGCAUGGACAGGGAGAAAGCCAAGGAGUACAUAUUAAAUUGUCAGUCAUAUGAUGGUGGCUUUGGGUUGAUUCCUGGGUCAGAAUCUCAUGGUGGUGGAACAUAUUGUGCUGUUGCAUCUCUCCGCUUGAUGGGGUUCAUUGAUGAUGACGUGCUUUCUAGUUGUGCAUCCUCCUGUAUCAGAGAUGUGCCUUUGCUUCUGGAUUGGUGCCUGCAGAGGCAAGCACCAAAUGGUGGAUUUCAAGGGAGACCCAACAAGUUGAGUGACACUUGUUAUGCCUUUUGGGUUGGAAGCGUUUUAAGGAUUCUAGGAGGCCACGAAUUCUGCAACAAGAAAGCUUUACGUCAAUUUCUAUUAACUUGCCAAUCCAAGUAUGGUGGUUUUAGUAAAUUUCCUGGACAGCUGCCUGAUCUUUACCACUCCUACUACGGGAUUGCUGCAUUUAGUCUGAUGGAAGAACCUGGGCUGACUCCAAUCUGUGUUGAACUAGGAAUAACAGAUGUUGGUGCUGUUGGACUCUGAUUCAAAUCCUCUUUUCUGUCCAGGCCAGGCGCGCCAAAUGUUGCCGUAUGCUUGUCAGAAACGCGGAGUUAUUUUCAAUUCAAUAUUUCUUCAUUUUCCUUAAAUGUGUAAAACUAAUAACAAAUGCAUGCUAGUUAAACUACUUUCAAGCAGGUAGCAUCUCAAUCCAAGAAUGGAAAAUUUAUUACUUCUCAGUUAGGAUUUAUUUUUCUUGACCGGGAUAUCUGGGGAUCUUACUACUCGUCUCCUCGAGUUUUACAUAAGAUUGUUCUCCCGAUAGGUUUCCUGCUGAUUUAAUUUUGUAUGUCAAUGUGGAACACUGUAACUUCUAAAACAGAGCUGAGAGCUCCUUGACCGCUUGUUCCUACCAUUUAUCGGCAUUUUGAUGGAAAAUAAUUGGUAUUGCUGGUUGGUAGUGCCUGAUU